UCAGAAGACACCAAAUUCAUAUGGAGCCAAAGUAUUGAGCAGCAAUAAUGACCUGGACACAAUGUUAACUUUUGAGUAGCCACUCUUGUAUUGUUACAAGGUAUAACAGGUAUUGUCCAAUUUGUACAGGAAAAAGUAUAAAAUAAAAUAAAUAGUGUGCACACUUAAACAAAAUAAAAGUACUUGUUGGGGCCCUUUAAGAAUUUAGAGUUAAGUUGGCAACAGCCAAUUUCAAAGGUCCUUGUGAGUGUAAUUGGAAUGUAUGAGUGUGUGGGUGUGUAUCUUCUUUGGGGUGGAUCGUCCUCAAAGUGGUUGGCUCGCCAUCUAUCAUGACCGGAAUUUUGUCCUGGUCCUCGGACUUUUCUGUCCUCUCCAAAAACCUGACCGUUGCUCUGUUUCACAAAAGCCCAACACACACUGGUGUUGGAAUUGCAGCAGCUCUCCGGAUGAAAGGUGAGUGGUUAGCUGACGUUGCUUCUCUCCUUCAUCCAGGCACUCGACUCCGGACUUCCAGCAGGUAGGUCAUGUGACCCAGCCAGGCUUCAGGACCCUUCCUGCCCCCCCGCGUACUCGCUCUGCUGCCUCAGCUCUUUCAGACUCUUUGUUUCAACAAAAGCUCCGAACACAAACGCUGGCUGAACAAAGGCGGCUAUGUUUCCAGAACGCCAUCCUCCCAUAAAUCCCGGUAGCAAGCAGGUCUGAGCGGUUUGACACUGGCAGCUGCUGAUCAUCAUGCCUCUGCCCCGACGCCGCUCAUCCUUCCUCGGACAGACGGCCGCCGAGCGGCCGCCCUCUGCCUCCUGCGGGAGAAUGGGGUCGGCGGGCACCUCCGCCCCUCGCGGCGUCUUCGUAGGCUCCACCCCACCAGCGAGUGUUCCCUCUGGCCUGGGGACACGGGUGUCACGGCGAGCUCUGGGCAUCAGCAGCGUGUUCCUGCAGGGGAUGAGGAGCAGCACAACACCGGUGCUGCCCCGAGGCAGCGAGCGAGCAGUGGGGAGCGGUGCGGCGGCAGCGGGACUGAACAGCUGUUUGACGGAAUACCGCGACAAAGUGAGAGCGCUGGAACAGCUGAACCAACAGCUGGAGGAGCAGAUCCGCCUCUGCCUGGACCGCAAGGCCUCGAGCGCUGGAGCCUGGGGACCCCUCAGGAGGGAGUGGGAGGAGGUCUACAGACAGGUCAGUGAAGCCAUCCUGGACAACGCCCGGCUGAUGCUGCAGACAGAGAACGUGCAGGCCAACGCUGAGGACUUCAAGGACAGGUUCGAGAACGAGCAGCCGUUCCGUCGGGCAGUGGAGGAGGAGAUCAGCUCGCUGUACAAAGUGAUUGAUGAGGCAAACCUGACAAAGGCGGAGCUUGAGGAGCAGAUGGAGAACAUGAGGGCGGAGCUCCGCAGCCUGGAGCACAACCACGAGCAGGACGUGCGGACCCUGUACAGUCAGAUGGCGGGACGUGAUGUGGACGAGCCCGACGCGCCCAUAGAAACCAGUCUGGACCAGAUCUUGGCCUACAUCAGGAGCCACUGGGAGAAAGUGAUGGAGAAGAGCAGGGCUGAGACUGACAGCUACCUCGACUGUAAAGAGGCACUGUGCGUGAGCAGCAAGCUGAGUCCAGAGGAGGAACAGGUGGAGGCGCUGAAGGCUGAGUGCAGCGACACCGGCUGUAAGAUCCAGAGUCUGCAGGCAGAGACCGAGUCUAUCAGAGCCCUGAAACGGGGUCUGGAGAACUCGCUGAGUGACGCCCGCCACUGGCACGACAUGGAGCUCCAGAAUCUCGGCUCAGUGGUGGCCAAGCUGGAGGCGGAGCUAGCCGACAUACGCGGUGAAAUCGAACAGCAGCGCCGCGACUACGACACGUUGCUGAGCAACAAGCAACGGCUAGAGCAGGAGAUCAGCUUGUACCACGGCAUCCUGGAUGGCGAGGAGAACCGAUUCGAGACGCUAUGUUCAGGUCUCCACUCAGAGCCCGAGGGAGCUGCUGCUCCAGACUCCAGGAGCGACCCUCCAGGAUCUCCAGGACCUGCAGCACAGUGACCCCAGAGGAGAACCUGAGCGGGCUGACCCAGUCUACCUGUGCAGGUGUGGAGGAUGCUGGAAGUGCAGUGUGCGUUUCAGCUGCUCGGUGUGGACGUGAUGUGUUGUAACGGUCUUCAGGUGAACCUGCCGAGAACACCUGAGGAUCCGCCUGAGCCCGACUGGACCUGAGACGUGUUGCUCUGUGUUAAUAAAAGUGAAUGUGACGGUGUGUUCAGGUGCUCCUUGUUUCUUUCAAACUAAAAUAAAGGUGUGAGAAUGACGUUAGCGUGUCACAGAACGACCUUCACUUUAUUCAGAGCUGCCACCCUCCAGCCGGCGCACGGUGCUCACAGCUCCGAAGCAUCGACGCCAACUUGGCGCAGGAGUGAGCACAUCUCAGCUCAUCCUGGUGGCGCCUGUUGUUCUAUGUGAGGGUGAUGCCUCACAGGGGUGCAGCGAUGGCUGACGGCCUCGCCGAGUCCCCCAGUAAGAACCAAGACGAAACAAAGUUUCUGUAGAAGGUUCCUGAUAACGAGGACAUGACUCCACCCAUCCCCCCGCCUGAGAAUAAACCUUCGUUGAGGAUCAAUAACUGAUUCAGAGAAAAUAAUCAACUAUUUAAAACUCAACGAGCUCUGACAAUGGUGCCACUGCAGGUCACUGAGAGGGCAACAGGUCCGAAUCCGCAUUGAGUCAUUUCCUGGUCUCCGCCCCUUCCUGUCCAAAAGCAAACAUGCCCAAAAAUACAAAGUUGUGCUAAUUGAUUGCUCAGACGUCGUAAUCAAUAACUGAUUAUUGUCAGAAACAAAGAGACAGAAAUAAAAUUUAUUAACCAAACUUUUCUCUUUAUUGAUUCACAACAAAACAAAUCAAUCAUAAGUUAAUCAAUACAAAUAAAACCCACUGAUGAUGAGGCUGAGCGUCCAAUCAGAGAUCAGCAGGAAGUAAACAGUGACUGACGGAUUUUAAGCACAGAGAUCAAUGACACGAUCGACUGGACCGCUCUCUGCAGGCUGCGGCCCAUCACAGUGCAAUGCCCCCGGAGUGCGCUAAGCUCCGCCUACAUGCUGUUUAACACACGUCUGUCUACUGAGCGUGCUCCGUCGCUUAUCCGCUGACGCAAAUGCAGAUGUCGAUAAGUGAGGGGGCGUGUCCACCA